UUGUGCGUUGGCGUGUGAAUGAAGUACAGUACGAAUUGAACAAUGGCCGAGCCACAGGGUCAUUCCAGCUCAGCUCUACCUAACGAGUACAAGGUGAUCUUGAUAGGAGCUGUAGGAGUUGGGAAGACUAGCCUUUUGAUGAGAUAUGUUCACAAUGAAUUUCAAGAGACGCCUAAUAAGUUUGUCUCUGAAGAAAAGAAAACUAUUACCAUCAAUGGGAAAGAGAUUGUACUGUAUCUUUGGGAUACUGCAGGUCAGGACAGAUACCGUACACUAACACGUCGCUACUAUGAAAAUACUGAUGCUGUAAUGGUAGUGUAUAGUUCUGUUGAGGAAGAAAGCUUUCGAGAAAUUCAGGACUACUGGUUUCAAGAGCUGCAACAUUACUUAAAAUAUGACGAUGAGUCUGUUCCGAUUUUAUUAGUGGCUAAUAAAUCGGAUUUAAUAUCUCCUGAUGUUGAUACCGUUCAUUUUGGCACUGCCAAAGAGUUAGCUUUGCAGAAAGGGUUACUGCACCCUAUUGAAUGCAGUGCUAAAACUGGACACAAUGUUAAACAAGCAUUUCAUGUAAUAGCAACUGCAUUAUUUAAGAAGAGUCAACCAUCAAGGAAACCUAAUGUGUCAAGCGUGACAAGACGUCAAUGCUCUUGCAUGAACAGAAGUAGUGACCAGAAAUCUGAGAGAUUACAUGUUGACAAUAACUAGACUCACUAGUUUGUGUGUGUUUGUUAUGAUGUUUUGCCUUAUAAAUUAAAUGCUUAUGAGUCUUGAAUUGGUUUAUUAUUCUAAUUAAACACACACUAUUGUUAUUACUGAAAUAGUUACGGUUAUUGUUCUUUCUUGUAAAUUUGAUUUCAACGUUA